AUGCGUCAAUAUGAAGAAGACAAGGUGAGCCAGAAGAGGAAGGAGUGCCAAAGGCGCGAAGCGAAUGUUGCGCUUUCGCAUGUUAUCAUCCACGAAGAUCCUGCAGGAAAAGAUGAGACACCAGUACCAGGGCAUGAUGAGAAGCUACCGGCGAAAGACGUAUCGCCAGAUCCUUCUGACGCUGCUCAGUCACUUCGCCCUCUACCGCAGAUCUCGCGCAAAAGACAACGCGAGCCUAGUUGCGAGUCACGAGACCCGUCACUCAAGGAGUCGAUUGUGGAUACAUCCCAGCGUAAAUCAACCGACGUACACAGCCCGUACUCAGAAUCAGCGACCGCCCCAUUGGAAUACUACAUCCGCCUAGCCUCAAAGUCCAUAUCGCUCCCAGCCCCUUCCGACUCGUACUUCACCUCACCAAAGCAUGCGCCAGUACUCCAUCGCAAUCGCGAGAACAAGAUCAUAAUGUACACUGGCUCCUUCAACCCACCGCAUCUUGGUCACAUCGAACUGGCCUUCCACACAUUCCUACGCAGCUCCUCCACCACCAUCGCCGUUGUCUUACUUCCACUACGCGACAGACUCAAAGCGAAAGACGGCGCUAUGAUUAACGGAAAAGUCUUCGCCACCGAGAAAGAACAAAGAAUCGCGCUACUACAAAACGACCUACUGCAGCGCUGGACUUGGUUCUACAAAGGCCAUCGCACAGAUCUGGAAAGAUACGGGACUACUCUGAUCGAAGAAGCGAAGAAAGACGGAUUUCAAGUUUCCUUUGUAGUCCUAGCUGGAAGCGAUAAAUUCGAACGCGAGAAAGUGGAAUCGAAGCCCUUUUGGAUCUCAGGAUGGGGAGAAAUAAUCACCAGCGACAUUACCCGGGCAUCUAGUCUGUUCAAGGGUCCAAAGCGUCCGCCCAGACGGUUACCUGGAUCUAUGAAUGCGGAGGCGCGAGUCACGAAUGUCGCAUAUCUCUACGGAUCCAAGAGUACUGCGGUGGGCAUGCUGCUUUGGAAGGCGAGGCGCAUGUUAGAUCCAGGCAAGACAACUUACUGCAUGAAAUUCUGGUAA